AUGCUGUCCAGGACCACGACGCCGUCUGCAGCCUCUGCGAAGGCCCUGUCGCGCGUCGCUCUACCCGCCGCCGCCAGGUUACCGCAGACCUCCUCGACCUCGUCCCAGCAGCGAUCCCGAAACUUCGCGACAGUCCAGGAGGGAGCACCCAAGCGCACCUAUGGCGGUCUCAGGGACCAGGAUCGCAUAUUCCAGAACCUCUACGGCCGAUUCCCGCCAGACCUGAAGUCUGCCAAGAAGAUGGGAGACUGGCACAAGACGAAGGAGAUCAUAUUGAAGGGCCACGACUGGAUCAUCAGCGAGGUCAAGGCCUCGGGUCUGCGAGGCAGAGGAGGAGCUGGUUUCCCUUCUGGCCUGAAAUGGUCGUUCAUGAACACCAAAGACUGGGAUAAGGACACGAAGCCGAGAUACCUUGUCGUCAAUGCGGAUGAAGGCGAGCCCGGAACAUGCAAGGACCGAGAAAUCAUGCGAAAGGACCCCCAUAAGCUGCUGGAAGGAUGUCUGGUUGCCGGCCGAGCCAUGAACGCUACUGCGGCCUAUAUCUACAUCCGCGGCGAGUUUAUUCACGAAGCCGCCGUCUUACAAAACGCCAUAAAUGAGGCCUACGCUGAUGGUCUGAUCGGAAAGAACGCUUGCGGUUCCGGCUAUGACUUCGAUAUCUACCUACACCGUGGCGCUGGUGCUUACGUUUGUGGCGAGGAGACGUCUUUGAUCGAGUCACUAGAGGGCAAGCCUGGCAAGCCCAGACUGAAGCCUCCGUUCCCCGCCGCAGUCGGCGUAUUCGGCUGCCCAUCAACUGUCGCCAAUGUCGAGACUAUUGCUGUGGCACCUACAAUUUGCAGAAGAGGUGGCAGCUGGUUCGCCGGUUUCGGCCGAGAGCGGAACCAGGGCACGAAGCUGUUCUGUAUCUCUGGCAACGUCAACAACCCAGCCACAGUCGAGGAGGAAAUGAGCAUUCCUCUGCGGGAGCUUAUUGACAAGCACUGUGGUGGCGUCAAGGGUGGAUGGGAUAACCUGCUUGCCGUCAUUCCCGGUGGAUCGUCUACACCUAUCCUGCCCAAGAGCAUCUGCGACGAUCAACUGAUGGACUUUGAUGCGCUGAAGGACAGCGCAUCUGGUCUUGGUACUGCGGCUGUUAUUGUGAUGGACAAGAGCGCUGACGUUGUUCGGGCCAUCUCGAGAUUAUCCCAUUUCUAUCGCCAUGAAUCGUGCGGACAAUGUACACCCUGCCGAGAGGGUAGCAAGUGGACUGAGCAGAUCAUGGGCCGGUUCGAGAAGGGUAUGGGUCGCGAGAGGGAGAUCGACAUGCUGCAAGAGCUCACGAAACAAGUCGAGGGCCACACGAUUUGCGCUCUUGGAGAGGCGUUCGCCUGGCCCAUACAGGGUCUCAUCCGUCAUUUCAGACCUGAGCUAGAAGCAAGGUUGCAGAAGUACGCCAGUGAGAAUGGUGCCCAAGCUUUUGCCGGUGGAUGGCAUCCUACUGCGCGAGCAGAGGCCUCGACCGCAACAACGGCCGGGACCACGACCAACACCUCCACAAAGGAGACCAUCACGAAGUCUACUGCCGAAAACAUGCCCAACUCAGGAGAAGCCUACCGCCAGAGCCAGAUGGGCCAGACACCCCAGCUGCCCCCAGUCUCCAGCAGCGGGCCCCGAAGGGACACUCUGGACGGCGCGCCCUCGAACGUCUGGGGCUCUCCUGCGCCUUCGUCACAUGUUCCUCCACCUGGCAGCAUCAACGGUGAUGGCAGCAAUGGGGCGUUGCGCGGCGCGACGAAGAUGUGA